AUGACGACCCUUAGCAAUGUCAUCGCCACCCACAAGUCUGAGUGGGUUUCUUUCAAUGAAGAAUCACUCUUUCCUGUUACUUCAGAAGGUGGCUCUGAGAACCUUCUUACAGAGCCGUCUUCUUCCUCAGACAGGUCAGAGAGUUCCUCUGGAGAGAACCAGACAGUGGAUGGAGAAUCUCAAGACUUCUCUCAGUCAGAACAGGGUGGUAGUUCAGAGAAAUUGGGCCUCAUCUCAGAACCCCCAUCCCCAUCUGACAAUCUCGUACACCCCAAACCUGACUUGGCCUCCGCCAUUAGCACUUGGGUCCAAUUUGAAGAAGAUACACCAUGGACCAGCACUUUGCCAGCUCACAGAGAAACAGCAAAGACAGCCCCACCGCUAACCAUGUCCUGCUGGACAUGUCCCUCCUUUGACUCCUUGGGAAGAUGCCCCCUGGCUUCCGAGAGCAGCUGGACUACUCAUUCUGAGGAUACUAGUAGCCCAAGUAUUGACCCGUCCUAUACAGACAUGCAGGCACUUGAUGCUGAGGAGCAGACAAGUGGAGGGGCCUCAGGAGCUGAUUCUGCUGAUAAUUCUUCCUCUUUCCAGGAAGAUGAAGAAGUAGAGAUGGAAACCAUCAGCUGGAACACUAGUGGCCUAGCCGUGAAUGGGCAUUCUGCCACUCCAGUGACCUCAGCUCGAUUCCCCAGUUGGGUGACUUUUGAUGACAAUGAAAUCAGCUGCCCUCUGCCACAAAGCACUUCUACCUUAAAGCCAGAUCCAAUAUCCUCUGCACCUCCUAUCCAAGAUGUGAAUUGUAAUUUAACUGAAUCCUUUAAGAAGAGAGAACGUCCCAAGAGUAACUUGGUAGACUUCUCAAAAGUUCAGAAACUAGAUAUUUCCUCCUUAAACCAGCCACCUUCUAUAAGUGAGCCCCCACCUUGGAGGGCAACCAACCCUUUCCUGAAUGAGACCCUGAAGGAUGUGCAGCCAUCUCCCAUUAACCCUUUCAGUGCCUUCUUUGAGGAGCAAGAAAGGCGAUCCCACAAUAAUUCCAUCUCUAGUGCCACAGGGAAAAGCCAAAGGGAUUCCCUCAUUGUCAUAUAUCAGAAGUCAGAUGCCAUCACUUUUGAUGACUCAGUUAAGAAAAGAACACAUUCUGAUGCUGUCGAGAAACUCAAACAACUACAUAUUGGGGAUCCUGAUCACCUUGGCAGCAUCACUCUGCCUGAUGACGAUCCAACAUCGUGGGGUGGGCUGGAUGAUGAUUUGAAGAGCUCAGCCCCAUCUCGGCCCAGGAAUGGUUGGCCCAUGAUGUUAAGGAUCCCUGAAAAGAAAAACAUCAUGUCUUCUAGACACUGGGGACCAAUUUACAUAAAGCUCACAGAGAGUGGCUGCCUACAGUUGUAUUAUGAGAAGGGCCUAGAGAAACCAUUCCGAGAGUUCAAACUGGAGAUCAGCCAUGAGAUUUCAGAACCUAAGCUCCAGAACUAUGAUGAAAACGGGAGGAUCCAUAGCUUGCGAAUAGACCGUGUUACAUAUAAGGAGAAGAAGAAAUACCAGCCUAAACCAUCUGUGGCUCAUCUGGCUGAGCGAGAGCAAGUAAUUAAGCUAGGAACCACCAGCUAUGAAGACUUUUUGAGUUUCAUCAGGGCAAUUCAGGACCACCUUAUGAAUUUGCCAGUGUCAUUCAUGGACUUAAGCACAGUGGGUUUGAACUAUCUAGAGGAGGAGAUUACAGUGGAUGUCAAAGAUGAGUUCUCUGGAAUCUUGAGGAAAGGAGACAACCAAAUUCUUUGCCACCAAGUCCUAACCCGUGUUCAUGUGCUAAGUUUUCUCUCUGGACUUGCAGAGUGCCACUUGGGCCUCAAUGACAUACUUGUGAAAGGUAAUGAAGUAGUCUCCCGGCAGGAUAUCAUGCCUACCACCACCACCAAGUGGAUCAAUCUCCAUAGCUGCCGCUUCCAUGGCUGUGUCGACGAGGAGGUAUUCAAUAGCUCCCGAAUCAUCCUAUUCAACCCCUUAGAUGCAUGCCGCUUUGAGCUAAUGAGAUUUAGGACAGUUUUUGCUGAGAAAACAUUGCCUUUCACCCUCAGGACUGCAGCAAGCAUCAAUGGGGCAGAAGUGGAGCUACAGAGUUGGCUAAGGAUGUCGACAGGUUUCUCCUCUAAUUGUGACCCUCUCACCCAGGUUCCCUGUGAGAAUGUGAUGAUCCGGUAUCCAGUGCCCAAUGAGUGGGUGAAAAAUUUCAGAAGGGAAAGUGUUUUAGGAGAGAAAUCUUUAAAAGCCAAAGUGAACAAGGGGGCCAGUUUUGGAUCAAGUGUUUCUGGCUCUGAGCCAGUCAUGAGAGUGACUUUAGGUACUGCCAAAUAUGAGCAUGCUUUCAACUCCAUUGUGUGGAGGAUAAAUCGAUUACCUGACAAAAACUCAGCUUCUGGCCACCCUCACUGCUUCUUCUGCCACCUUGAACUUGGUUCUGACCGGGAAGUGCCUUCCAGAUUUUCCCGUCACGUAAAUGUUGAAUUCAGCAUGCCAACCACCUCUGCCUCCAAAGCCACUGUCAGAUCCAUCUCUGUGGAGGACAAGAUCGAUGUCAGGAAAUGGGUGAACUAUUCUGCACACUACAGCUACAAGGUGGAAAUCGAACAGAAACAGAAUUUGAAAUCAGAGGUCGAGGGAAAUGAAAUUGAAAAUCCCAAGGAGUGUGGGGUACAGUGA